UCAUCACAAAAAUAUAUAUAUAUUAAAUCCUAAACCCUAAAUCCUAAAUCCUGUUCUCCUCCAUUAUGAUUCUGGGUUCGUUGAAUGCGGCUUCAAGCUUUUCGCUCUUUGCCCUCCAUCAAACUACUGCUCCCUCUUUGCCCUCAGCGUCUUCCAAAACUAGCUGAAGACAUUCCCCAAAUCGGUCAAAAUUGAAAAGUUCAUUCCAAUUCUCAAUAUUCAAAGCUUUGUUGUUUUCAUUGAUGGGUUUGCCGAGGUUUGGGCGUCCCAAGAAUGGUGUUGAACUGAGUCCAAACCUGUAUGUGGCAAAUUGUGGACCUGCUGUGGGGAUCUCCCAUGAUGACAUUGCAUCUGUUUUCUGCAAAUUUGGGGAGCUCAACGGGGUUUAUGCAGCUGAUGAGAGUGGCACACGUGUCAUUGUGUCUUUCUCUGAAGAGGGUUCUGCACAAUCUGCAUUCAAGGCAUUAGAUGGAACCCCAUGUCCUGAACUCGGAGGAAGGUCCUUGCAUAUUCGUUAUUCAGUGAUUCAGCCAACUCCAAAGGAUGAAGUGAGUGACAUGGUUCCGGUAUCUAUUAAUGCAUCGGAAUUGAGUAUUCCGGGACUUUACCUAGUGCACAACUUCAUUAGUGCUAAAGAAGAAGAGGAAUUACUCCAAGCUGUUGACAGUCGGCCUUGGAACAGUCUUUCCAAAAGAAGGGUUCAACACUAUGGUUAUGAAUUUCGUUACGAUAUUAGGAAUGUUAAUACGAGACAUUGCUUAGGUGAGCUUCCAUCUUUUGUUUCUCCAAUACUUGAAAGAAUCUCAUCAUGUCCAACUUUCAAGAGUGCCGAACAUAUUGUUUUGGACCAACUUACUGUAAAUGAGUAUCCUCCUGGGGUGGGCUUGUCCCCCCAUAUAGAUACCCAUUCAGCAUUCGAAGAUUUAAUUUUCAGCCUUUCAUUAUCAGGGCCUUGUAUAAUGGAGUUCAGAAAAUAUGAAAAUGGUGAUUGGCAUACUAAAGUUGCCUCAAGUGCUGUUUCAGAAGGAGGAAGUCCGGAAGACGAUUCAAAUUUUUUAAGGAAGGCUAUCUAUCUACCCCCUCGAUCUUUGCUACUCUUGUCUGGAGAAGCACGUUAUGCAUGGAACCAUUAUAUUCCACACCACAAGAUUGACAGAGUGAACAGCAGAGUCAUCAGAAGGGCAUCAAGAAGGGUCUCUUUCACAUUUCGAAAGGUGUUCAUUCUGCUGAUGAAAUGUGGUUUCACUCGAACGGACUGAUAUUACAUAAUAAUACGAUGGGGUUAUUCUGGAAGACCAUGAUUCUUUAUUUUUAGCAAAGUUUAUUUUUCAUAUCUUUCUCCGCUCCAAAAUAUUGUACCAAAAUACAUUUGGGUUGUGGAUAAUACUCUCUUACUGAUUUCACAAGUUGCACUGGCAAUUUAGAAAAGCAAUUUAUG